AUGCUCGCCACCCUCCUCCUUGUCGGGUACGGCUUCUUGGCCUCUACCCCUCUUGCCCAGGCCCUGGGGUCGGCAUGCUCCACCCCAAUAUCCGGCGGCACGGCGGCAGCCGGCGAUCCCUUCUGGAUGCAGAACAUCGACCAUCAGGGCACCUCUGCAUUCAACCCCGACCCAAGUUCUUACCAAGUAUUCCGUAACGUCAAAGACUUCGGUGCCGCUGGUGACGGCACCACCGACGACACGGAUGCUAUCAAUUCUGCUAUUUCCUCCGGCAACCGAUGUGGCGGAGGAACGUGCCCAUCUUCUACAGUUACACCAGCAGUUGUAUUCUUCCCUCAGGGAACGUACAAAGUAUCUGCGCCUCUCAUUGCCUACUAUUAUACUCAACUCAUCGGAGAUGCACGAGUUCCCCCGACAAUACUUGCUUCGUCUGAUUUCGCUGGUAUAGCCGUCAUCGACGUGGACCCGUACAUCCCAGGCGGCUACGGCGCGCAAUGGUACAACGACACGAACAACUUCUUCCGCAGCGUGCGCAACUUUGUCAUCGACCUCACGGAGAUGCCCGCGACCUCGUCCGCGACCGGCCUCCACUGGCAGGUCUCGCAGGGCACCUCGCUGUACAACAUCGUCGUCGAGAUGAGCACUGCAUCCGACACGGCCCACCAGGGCAUCUUCAUGGAGAACGGUAGCGGUGGCUUCUUCGGAGAUCUCGUGUUCAACGGAGGCAAAUACGGCAUGUGGGUCGGGAAUCAACAGUUCACAGUCCGCAACGUCACCUUCAAUAACGCCCAGACUGCCAUCUUCGGCGAUUGGAACUGGGGAUGGACCUUCCAGGGCGUGAAUAUCAACAACUGUCAAGUAGGCUUCGAUCUCAAGACCGGCGGCAAGUCCGAAAGCGACCAGACAGUGGGCGGGGAGGCUAUCAUUGAUGCCGUGGCAAGCGACACACCGAUCUUCCUGCGCACGUCGAAUGCGAGCACGUCGCUGGCCGGUUCCUUGGUACUCAACAACAUCCAGCUUAACAACGUCCCGACCGCCGUAGGCGUCGUUGGCGGCGCUGUCGUUCUCUCCGGCGGCACUACGACGAUCGCCAGCUGGGGGCAAGGCAACGUCUAUUCCGGCACGAGCAGCUCGUACUCGUUCGUGCAGGGCAAUAUUGCGGCGCCGACCAAGGCAAGCAGCCUGCUGAGCGGUGGCAAGAUCUUCGGGAGGACACGCCCUCAAUACGAGGACUACGCCGUCAGCCAGUUCAUCAGCGUGAAGAGCGAGGGCGCCAAGGGCGACGGCUCUACCGACGACACGGCUGCCCUCCAGGCCGUCUUCAGCAAGUACUCCGGCUGCAACAUCAUAUUCUUCGACGCCGGCACCUACGUCAUCACGAGCACCCUCACGGUCCCUGCCGGCACGCAGAUGAUUGGCGAGGCGUGGUCUGUCAUCCAGGGCCAGGGCUCGGCCUUCGCGGACCAGAGCAACCCGACGCCCAUGGUCCAAGUCGGCGCGUCGGGAUCCUCUGGCAUCCUCGAGAUCACGGACAUUAUCUUCAGUGUGCAGGGCCCUACUCCUGGUGCGAUCGUGGUCGAGUGGAACGUCAACUCGCCCACUCAAGGAGGUGCUGGCAUGUGGGAUUCGCACAUUCGAUUGGGUGGAGCUGCCGGCACUGACCUCGAGUCGUCUGAAUGCCCUUCCGGCUCUGAUUCGACCUCAUGUUUCGCGGCGUUCCUCGCUCUGCACCUGACCUCCGGAUCCAACGCGUACCUCGAGGGCACUUGGGUGUGGCUGGCAGAUCACGACCUGGACAGCGACGCGCAGGGGCAGCUUACCCUUUUCAGCGGACGCGGCAUCCUCUCCGAGUCGGCGGGUCCGGUGUGGUUGAUCGGAACUUCCACACUGUUCUCCUUAGCAUCUGAGCAUCACACCCUGUACCAGUACAGCCUGGUCAGCGCUCAGGAUCACUACAUGGGCUUGAUUCAGACAGAGACGCCAUACUACCAGCCAUCGCCCACGCCACCCACGCCAUUCUCCCUUGAAAGUUCCUACAACGAUCCUUCGUUCCCUUCAGGGCAGGUCGCCGCAUGGGCCCUUAAUGUCCAGACGUCGACGGAUAUUAUCGUCUUCGGUGCCGGACACUACAGCUUCUAUCAGAACUAUGCGCAAACCUGUUUACCGAACUCGGACUGUCAAAGCCAGAUCGUCAACGUCGACUCUGGCUCGUCGAUCUUUAUAUAUAACCUUGCGACCAUCGGGGUUACCAACCAGCUUUCUGUUGCUGGCGCGGCCGUAAUCCCAGCGAGCGACAACGUCGAUGGCCUUCAAUCCACAUUCACUGUGUGGACGCAGUGA